GCUCAAAAGAGACAUAACGGUCAUAUACGUAAGAUUUUGUAUUAUUAUAUAUAGAACAUUAGAAAAGUCCUCUUAGCAAACACAUUUUCACAAUAAAAAAAUGAUAAAGUUGACACUGGCCAUUCUCCUGGUGUUAGCCGUGUCCAAUUAUGGCAGUGGUCGCCUCAUUACAGAUUUUAUGAUAUCUGAUGGCAUAUACAAUGCCACUGCUACUGGUGGUUCGGACAGUUCGGAUUCGGUUUCGGGGCUCGGUGCUUCGACAGUGACAUGCGAGCCGCCUUAUGGAUUCUUGCCCUGCACCACAGAGUUGCCGGGGCUGAUAUUAUUGGUUGUGGUCUAUCAAUACUUGUUGUCACUUGGUCAGAAGUAUGUAUCAGAAGGUUCUGAUUUGUUUUUCCAGACGUUUGGACCUGGUGCUUUUGGAGCUAGUUUGUUUCAUUUCAUUGGCACUAUUCCUCAGAUUGCUUUGAUUCUUGUGUCCAGACUUUCCGGAGAUGAGCAAAAUGCUAAAGCACAAGCAGGAAUAGGAAUGAGUAUUCUUGCUGGUGGAGCUGUCACUAAUCUUACACUUACAUGGGGUAUUGCUGUUGCUUUAGCCAGCUACAAUUUUUCAGAUGCACCAGCAACCAUAGAUACCACCGUCCAACUUAAAAAGCCCUCACGUCUAAUGGGUUCAGGUGUUAUUACAGAUGUUGAUACAAGCUACACAGCAAGAAUAGUGCUGAUCUCUGUCAUUCCUCUUUUGAUUCUUCAGCUAACAAAUGUCGUUCGUUCCUCAUCCGGAUCACAUUUGAUUGUCCUCGUUUCUCUUAUUAUCACCGUCUUACUACUCAUUUCAUACAAUUUAUAUCAGAUAUUUCAACCAUGGAUUCAGAAAAGAAGAUUCGAGUACUUGACCCAAAAGUUUGUGAAAGACAAGCUACAAGUUCUUCUUACCUCCAAUGGAAAGCCUAAUGCACGACUUAUAAGACAGAUCUUUCAUGGAAUUGACAAGAACAAGGAUGGAUUCAUAUCGCCUACUGAGUUGAGGGUUUUGAUUAUUGGAAUAAAAUUAGAGGAUGAUGGUUUCAUAAGAGGCGACUACGCUGACAAAGUUAAAGAAGCAUUUGAUAUUACUGGUGAUUCUAAUAUAAAUGAAGAGGAGUUUGUUGCAGGGCUUUCCAAGUACCUUAUAAAUGCUCAGCAACCUGCCAAUCGUAAAGUUCAGAAAGUUCCAAACACUAGUACUGAUGAAGGGCAGAGCCUUUUGGUACAGGGGACUAGUGUUCCGAGAAAUGAGGAGCCAUGGAAGAAUUACAUUAAAGCUGCCUACUUCAUUUUUCUCGGAACAGCUAUAUCAGUCUUACUUGCAUUGCCACUCAUACAAUCCGCAGUUGCAGUCGCUACUGCUGCAAAUAUCCCUUCCUUCUUCAUCCCGUAUGUCGUGAUACCCUUGACUUUAGCCACCAGAUCUGCUGGGAGAACAAUCUCUUCGGCCAAAAUGAAGACGCCUGAAUCCAUUUCCUUAACAUUGUCCCAGAUAUACGGAUCAGUGUUCGUAGGCAAUGUGAUGGGCUUAACGACAUUCUUAGCAGUGGUUUAUAUUCGGGAUAUAGCAGUGGAUGCUUCAGCAGAAUUUCUGGUUGCUAUUGUUAUCUGCACUGGUAUGGGUGUGUUUACUGGGUUCAGAACAACAUUCCCACUUUGGACAAGUUACUUGGCGAUCCUAAUGUAUCCAAUCUCUCUAGUUACUCUGUACCUACUUACUAGUGUAUUGGGAUGGUCUUAGCAGUUUUCAGAUGCAAGAACUUGGAGGGAAACAUAGUAUUGUGUAAUAUACUUUCAUUGAUCUAAUGUAAAUUCACGAAUUUAAACCGGAUUUGUAUUACUUA